AUGGCCCAGAGCAUGCCAUAUUUCCGACCCGCAAACCACGCCCAAGGGCUCGCCAACUACCCCCACGCGCGAACAGUGCCGUCUGCCGAUGGCAAAAGCCGAUACAUCUACGUCUCUGGGACAUCGUGUCGCCGCGGCGACGGCAGCUUCCAUGGAGCCACUCGCGGAGAAGACGGCUCCUUGAUUGUCAACAUCAAAGACCAGACUGGCGCCGUUCUGUCUAACAUCAACGCGAUCAUCGAAGGAGCUUCUGAUGGACAAGCCAAUAUUUCGAACGUGGUCGAUGCCACUGUGUUCCUGACGAACAUGGAAAAAGACUAUACUGGGAUGAACGAGGCGUGGAAUGGAACUUGGUCUGAUCGCACGGAUGCCCCGGCUCGAACGACGGUUGAAGUGCGGGCUUUGCCUCGGGAGGAAAUCAUCGUGGAAAUCAAGUGCACCGCUUACUACGAAGUCUGUCAGACUUGA